AAACAGGGGGUGUGUGUGAGAGUGAGUGAGUGAAAGAGAGAGAGAGAGAGAGAGCGAGCUCUGAGCCACAGCAGCUGGUUUUCAGGUUUUAAGUUUUGACAGCCGUGACUAAACAGCCACUGUUCCAUCCCAGCCUGUAAGAGGUCAGUUAGUACCUCUGGCUGGAGGAGAGAGACUGCAAGAUACCCGAUGGGACAAGUAAGGGUUUAAGCAGUCCGGGGGACACCAACAGGACACCGGUAGACAAGAUUUGGCAUCAUGAAUCGCAAGGAGUCAAAAAGCAGGAAGUCCCGUCAGGAGGGAGGGUGUGUGAUAAAGUGCAGAAGACCAGUGCAGAGGAGGAUGACAUGCCCCAGUCCUCAGGAGAUCAGCCGGGCUCUUCAAAGUCCUCCAGCUCACUCUUCUUUUCGCUCUGCCAGCCUGGAUGAACUCAUCCUCCGCUGCCUCCAUUGCUUCGACUCAGAUGGGAAGCUGAUCAGAGGGACGCAGCUUGUCCAUAUGACCCUGAUGAUGCAUAACUGGGUUGUGCCAUCACGCAUCUUCGCCCAAAAGCUGCUUUCUCUAUAUAAGGAUUGUCCUGCAGAGAAAAGGGGACAGAGGCGACAACAAAUCUGCCACUUCAUCAGGCAGUGGAUUAAUCAGUUCCGAAUAAUGUUUGAGGUGGACCCUCUGUUAGAAGAAGUGAUGGGAGAUCUCUGGACUCUGGUGAGGGUUGAGGGAAGUGAUUCACACUGUCAGCUCUUCAAUACACCAUACAUUAAUCCUCCAGUGAAUGUUUCCCAGACUCCCUCUCCCUCUGUGAAGAAAAGGAAAGUUUCACUGCUGUUUGACCACAUGGAACCAGAUGAGAUGGCUGGACACCUCAGCUACUUGGAGUUCAAAAACUUCUGCAACGUUUCAUUUCUGGACUACCGCAGUUACGUGGUCCAUGGCUCAGUGAGGGAUAAUCCAGCGCUCGAGCGCUCUGUCAUGCUCUGCAACGGAGUCUCCCAGUGGGUCCAGCUCAUGAUCCUCAACAAACACACCUCACAGCAGCGAGCAGAGGUCUUCACCAAGUUCAUUCAUGUAGCACAGAAGCUGAGAGCCCUACAGAAUUUCAAUACUCUGAUGGCGGUGAUAGGAGGUCUGUGUCACAGUUCCAUCUCACGCCUCAAAGAUACAGCCAGCCUGCUGUCCUCUGAUGUCACAAAGACUCUCAGCGAGCUCACCGAGCUCCUGUCGUCCUACAGCAACUAUUCAAACUACAGGCGCUUGUACAACGAAUGCACUGGAUUCAAGGUGCCCAUCUUGGGUGUUCAUCUCAAAGACCUGAUCUCCCUCAACGAGGCACUGCCAGACUACCUUGAGGACGAUAAGAUCAACCUGGGGAAACUGCAGCAUUUAUACAGCAACAUUAGCGACUUGUUGGCCAUCCAUGACUGCACCCCACCGUUUGAGGCCAACAAAGACCUGCUGCACCUGCUAACGCUCUCGCUAGACUUGUGUUAUACGGAGGACGAGAUAUAUGAGCUCUCCUACACCAAGGAGCCCAAGAACCCCAAAAUUCAGCCCGUAGCUCCGGUAAAGCCCCCAGUGGUAGCAGAGUGGGGAUCGGGAGUGACUCCGCGUCUGGAUCCCGCCACCAUCUCGAAACACGUUAAACAGAUGGUGGAUUCUAUCAUGAAGAAUUAUGAUUUGAACAUGGACGGCUACAUUUCUCUGGAGGACUUUGAGAAGAUCGCUGCAAAUUUCCCUUUCUCUUUCUGCACACACGAGAGCGAUAGGGAAGGAGAGAUCAGUAGAGCGGAAAUCACUUCAUAUUUCAUGCGUGGGAUGUCAGUGUGUGCUAAGCUCGGCUUCAACCUCCACAACCUCCACAACUUCCAUGAGACCACGUACAAAAGGCCCACAUUCUGCGACACCUGCGGAGGAUUUUUAUGGGGAGUCAUAAAGCAGGGCUACCACUGCAAAGACUGCGGAGUAAACUGUCAUAAGCACUGUAAGGAUGUGGUGGGAAUGGAGUGUAUUAAGAGGUUCCAGGUGACCAGUAGCUCUUGUCCCUGCACCCCGGGCCCCGUAUCAAGCCUCCACACUAAGGGCAACAGCUGGAGUUCUGAAGAGGAAGCAUUUGUCUUUCCUAAUGGAAAUGGAUCUGAACACACCAAGGGCCAAACUUCAUCAGACAGCGACGCAGAGGCGGCCACACUAUCCGACAGGUCCACUCAGACGGACCCAGUAGAUUGGACACCGGUGGCCAAACAGAAAGAUCGUCUUCCUUCCCAGAAACAACAUCCACCCCUUGAAAAGGGCUCUUUAAAACCCUGUCGGUGGAUCCGUACGGUAAGAACUCUCUAUGCACCAGCGUCAACUGCCAGUGAGGACCAGAUCAAUGGACUUCACAUUUCCACAAGCACUCAAAGGUGGAUGACUGCUACAUCAUCAAUCUCACUACCACUCAUCUUUAUAUGAGACAGACGGACUGCCUUACCUUUGUCAUGAAGAGCGAGGUUCAGUUCAAUUAAUACAAAACUGUUGCCUUAAUAUUCACACUGAUGGAAAAUAUACACUGUGAACAACUGUAUUGAACUCGAACAGCAAGAAUGUACCUCCUCUGUUAAGGGACGUGAUUUCGGUGCUGAUAUAAUACCCACAAUGCAUCACUGUGCCUUAUGUAAUGAACAAUUCAUUGAGUAGGAGACAAAGGGUAUUAUAUCACUGUUUAUUUCAGACAAUAGUCCUGUCUCAAUUCAAAAAGAUCACAAUCUGCUUUAUUAGUGCUCUUGUCCAUUCGGUGUAUUAGAGCAGGAGCAUUAAUGAAAAAAAGAGCGGGAGAGUGACAUUAAGGGUCGAUUCAAACAAACACUGUGGACCUAUUUUAAACUGUUUUUCUUAUAUGUUUUCUGUUAGAUCUUUUGUCAUCUCCAACUUGAAUGUCUGUUUUACUAAAUCUUGAGUUUAGGCUAUAGAUUUUUAUUUAUUGAGGAAUGAUAAAGCUUACGUAUUUUCCAUAAAGCACUGCCUGAUGUGAUUAAAAUAUAAAUUAAAAAGUGA